CCCCUCUAGUUUGAUGCAAAAGAAAAUUGGUGUCUGAUGCAAAACAAAAUUGGAGCUGUGCACAGAUUCAACAACUGAUACAAGAUGCGAUUGAUCCUGAGCGUCUAUGCCAUAUGUUCCCUGGAUGGGGAGCUUGGAUGUAACUGAUUUGCUUCGCGCUUAUAGUUUCAUGAGCAACAAUCAUUCGUACAGUCGGCUUUUUGCUCUUUUUUUUCUUUUUUAUGUAAAUUGACAUAAAUAUUCUUAUAGCUCAAAACUGUUGUGCAUGUAUAUAAAUUGUAUAUAUAACAAUGUAUAUCUUGAUCAUGGGUUCGAUUUUCAAUAAGCUCGCAAAUGUAGAACAGCGGUUUACCUAGUAAAGCUUGAAUAUCAGCCAGAGUUUAGCAUUAGUUGCUGGGCAUGGUAUGGUGUGUGUGGAGGUGGGAUUGGCCGAGGCGAUUUCACUGGAUAAGUCUACUCUGUGGAUGACACAUGGUAAAACUUUAGAGGCGUGGAUUUGUCCACUUUCCUACUUGCUAUGUGGCUACUGCAGUGAUGCGAUUCUAAGAUUAUGUCAGGAUAUUGAAUUAUUAAAAGCUGAAGUUGCUGAGCUCCUGUUCCCAAGUAUUUUCGUUAAUCUGGCUGGAAGGAGGGAUAUAGAUAUUGAUCUUCAGAGUUUGAUCUCUUAACAGGUUGA